AUGUUGUUGCUCCGCGCUUCCAAGCAGUCCGUGUCACUGCUACGGACCGCAAGGAUCUCAAUUGCUUCCCAUCUCCCCCGAAAUAUAUCCACGGAGGCAGGAAACGCCGCAGAGAAGAAGACGGAAGAGAAGUCGGGCGACAUCGCAGUGCAGCCUACUCGUGAUGUUCUGGUCGCGGACGUGAUUAGUGGUGCUCCAAGCGAGCUUCGUCACCGCGCUGUGCGCAUCUACCAACCCACGCGCAACACCAUGCAGUCUGGCUCCGGCAAGUCCGAGCGUUGGCGUAUCGAUUUCGAUAUUCUUCAAGGAGGUGGACGCUGGGAGAACCCCUUGAUGGGCUACGCCAGCUCGGCGGACUACAUGCAGGGAACGCGCAUAUCCUUCCGAAGCAAGGAGGAUGCCAUACAUUUCGCCGAAAAGCAAGGAUGGGAUUAUUAUGUGUACGUCUCUGCGUCUCCUCCAUUAACAACGGGCUCAUCUUAUGGUCUCAGACAACAAUCGACGGUGAAACGCAUCCCACCAAAGAACUAUGCUGAGAACUAUGUUUACAAGCCGAACAAGCUUCGGAUUAUGAGGACGAACCCGGAUUUGAGUGGGUCAUCACGUGUGACGCUUCUUUCCAGGAUCCCCAAUUCGGGACGUUAUAUCACUCGCACCACUUCUGCCCUACUUCAUGCCAGUCGCAUCCUGACCCUCUUCACCUCCACUCGCAAUCCAGUAUCGAAUGGUGGUCUCGUCAAUCAAUCCGUUAUUGCCGUUGGAAUAACCCUAUUAUGCGUCGGUGGGCAGGAACUCAUGAAGCGCAGGAGGAGAGGCAAGGCCCUCCUUGACCCUCCUCCAGGUCUGGGUAGCAAGGAAUCCUGGGAGUUUGGCUAUCUAUAUCAAGGAAGGUCAUGGGCACGACUUCCUUCUCCUCCGUCACCUGGUGGGUGGCCGCUCUCGUGGGUGAAGCAAGUGGUUAUGUUUCCUGAAGAGAAACUGAACGAAUUGCGUGGUGUGGAUGCUACACUCUAUGUACGAUUUCUGAGAGGAUCUUUUUGGUUCGCCUUGAUCCAACUCCUUACGACUUUCCCCAUUCUAUUCCCAGUCCAUGUCGAAUUCUCUGAUCCCUCAAUACCCAAGAAGUCGAUGACCAGAGCAUCCAUCUCGUCUCUGGUUGGCACUUCCAAGGGGUUAUCAUUGCUAUGGAUGCACAUAUGUCUAUUGUUUUGGGUUACGCUUUCCUGGAUGGCAACACUCUUUUGGAUAAUCAACGGAGCCUUCGAACUACGUGCUGCCAACAUUCGAGCGUCUGCGAAAGAAUUGGAGAACGAGGAUGGCAUCAUGCAAGGAGAUACGACGUACUACCAACACCCUCAUCCUCAAUAUGCUUUCAAAGACGUUCCAUCACGAGAUCGCGACAACCCAGUGAAUGGUCUCCGGCUACGGACAAUCAUGGUUUCCAACAUCCCGAGUUCCCUCAGAAACGAGAAAGACCUACAAGAAUACUUUGAAUACUACAUGUCACGGAAGGUCGAGAAACCUUCCAUGGGCCUUACUUCCUCCACUCAACCAGGCUUCCUCAAUAAAUCCUUCGCCUUCCUCUUCAACCGAGCCAAGCGCCUUCCAGCACACCUUCCGUCGAAUCCACUCAAUAACCGGCACGACAGGGAAGGCGAGUCAGAGGAUGGGAAAGAGGGUAAAGAAUCUAAGAGAGCGUCAAAGCGGAGAUCUCUCGAUACACCCAUGAUCGAGCGUGUCGUUGUUGCACGCAAGAUGACUGAGCUUGCGUCGCUUCUGGAGCGACGGGAGGAGAUUCUCGUGCACCUCGAGACCGCGCACAUCAAGCUGGCGAAUAAGGCGUUGCUCGCGGUAAAGGCCGCCAUGGAACGCAAGUGCGCCAACAAGCCGAUCGGACAAGGUGCUUCUCGUUCUGCUGAGGUAGUGCGCCAACGACGCUCGCUAGCGGUUGACGCGGAACGAGGGGUACCCCAAGAGGACGGCGGCUUGGACGAAGAAGAGAGAAUGGAACAGCUCAUUGAUGUUCUGGGACCGUUUGUGGAGGAGUUCGGCACGCAGAGGCCUUUAACUACGAGGUCGAAGAAGGCAGUUUCGCGGACAUCGAGGAUGGCGUUCAGGAAGCUCAGGACUCAAGGUAGCGUAGAUGAUUCGGACAACUCUGACUCGCCUGUCAACGGUUCUGCAUACCCACCUGUCCUCUCCACGCCUACUCUGAGCUCUCGAGCGGGCGAAUCACGGGAACAGACUAUUUGGGACGCCCUGCUAUCGUUGCCCCGCAGUAGCCUGGACGCAUAUCAACCUCUGGUGAAUCUGAGCCAUCUAUUUCGAGGGAAGAUUGUGCCCUCAGUAGACUACUACACUGCGAAGCUCAACCUCCUCACCUCCUUGAUUACGGAGAAUAGGGCGAAGGCUGUGACAGACUACGACGCUGUCUCGACUGCAUUUGUUACAUUUGCAGACCCUGCGGAUGCGAGGAGGGCAUGCAAGUACCUUGCCGUGCAUCCAAACAAUCCUCUGGCCUGUCUGGUAACCAUGGCACCGGUGUAUCAAGAUAUUGACUGGAUUAGGGUGAUGAAGUCGUCCUACAAGGGCGAGUUCCUCAAGGAUUGGGUUGUCAACAUUGGUGUCUGGGGCUUCACAUUAUUCUGGCUAUUCCCAGUCUCCCUUCUGGUUGGUCUGGUGUCCAUUCAAAACAUCUCGCUUUUCUGGCCAAGUCUAAAAGCGUACCUCGACAAGCAUGCCUGGGAGUCGGAAGUUCUGCAAUCCUUCAUACCGACGCUCCUCGUAGCACUUCUCGCCAUUCUCAUUCCACUCAUCCUUCUCCUCAUCGCAAAGAAAGCGCAUACAAUCACUACACUGUCCGCUCUGCAUGAUCUUAUCAUGACACGUUACUACAAGUUCCUGAUCGUUAACGUCCUGGUAUUCUUCUGCGUCGGAACGGCUGCCCUUCAGUCGUUCCUACAAUCAUUCAGCUCCUCCAAUUCUUCUAGAUUGGACGUGAUCCAGACUGUUGCCAGUAGUUUCCCUACAGCUGGUCCAUUUUACGUCGGUUGGCUCAUUUUUACGACUGCUAUGCAUGGAGGAUUUGAAUUGUCUCUACUCGGACUACCUCUCAUUAUGUAUCCUACGACCUCACGACAAGUCACGCCACGCAAACGCGCUGUUGGCAUCCGACCACGAACCUUCAAUUUUUAUUAUUGGCUUCCCAAUCACACUCUAGUCAUUCACGUUCUGCUCCUAUUUUCAAUAUUCAAUCCAUUUGUCUUGCCAUUCGGAACACUAUAUUUUUUCAUUCAGACCGGUGUUGUCAAAAAUCAACUUCUUCAUGUUUACGCCAAGAAUUAUGAAAGCGACGGAAGAGUGCUCCUUAUACGAUUUGUACGAUAUUCCCUUGAUGGAUUGGUGCUCUCUCAGGCUGUAUUUCUUGCAUAUAUGGUUGUACUUAAGAAAAGUGUCAAUGUCGGGUUGGCCGGUUUCUUGAUCGUCUUUACGGUCUUGGUCAAAGUGAUCCUAACACGAAUGAUUCGUGCGCAAUAUGAACUCGACGACAAACUCCAAGCAGAGAUUAUCUGCAACAAUCGCCAGCGGGAGCCAUCCGAAGUUCGAGACCCCGAAUCUGAACAACUAAUCGCCGCAGUCGGGAAACCCCAAGAAAACGGAUUUAUGAAGCAUCACAAGCCUAGCGCAUCUGUUCUGACAUGGAAACUGCCUGGUUGGGUCAACUUCUCAUAUUCUACUUUGCAACGCCGAGGACAUCGGCCACAACAUCGGCGACCUAAUCCCUUCGGACCCCACAGGGACAAGGAUCUGACACGAGACCCGGAGUCUUCAAACCCUCGAGAUCAGCUUGGGCAGCUUAGCCCACACAAUUUGCCCCAGGCAGAGCCUUCAAAUAAGACGAAAGCUACUCCAGAUGGCUAUCCUUGGCAAAUGCCCGCCCAUAAGCUGAAGCACGAUCCGGGUUUGAUCACUACCGGCAUCUCCGACCCGCUUCUUACAGGUCCGGUCGUACCCCAUCCCCUUCCUGUUCCAUGGGAUGAUCAGCUCUUGGUUGACCUUCCAUACGACAACCCAUUCUAUACGAGGGCCAUAGGAAACACGCUUUGGCUUCCGAGGAAUCCUUCGUGCACUCUAGAUCUCGAUGACACGGUCGAUUUGAAGGUGUCGUUGACUGUUGAAGCCGUUGCUGGACGGUUAGGAACGUGGUUGGGCCUGGGGGAAUCAGACUCACCCGAGGAAUUGUCGCAAUCAACACGAGGUCAAGACCCCUCGCCACCCGCGAGUACGCCGAGAUCACCUGGGCCGCCACCUGCUCUGUCUAUCUCAGAGGUCGAUGGCACUGAGGAGAUCGACCUGCCCCUUGUCAUUGCGAAACGUGUGCAAGCGAAGGAGAAGGAUGUCGAGCACACAGUCCGACCUCGCAAGUCUUCGAUGCUGUUGCCUCGGAAAGUCAGUGGCGACCAAGGGGGCAGCAUUGGCCCAUUGUCCACCACAUCGAAGCGACGCCCAUCUAUCCUCGACAGGCCUCUGGUGUCACCCCGCUCGUUCUCUGAUGGUCCACCUCCUCUCUCCGCGACAAGUAGUGGACGGAUACGUUCUGGUUCGAUCAUGUCCGCACUGCAGCUACCGUCAGCAGGCGUGGAGAGGGCUCGUUCUUCGGAUCAAGAAUUCGGCCUUCGACCUGACACUCAUGCGCAGGCAGACUUCGUGGCUGCCAACAGCUCUUCUUCCCGGAUAUCUCUCUCCAUCCCGAAAUUGUCUCGAAGUCAGAAUGUAUCCACUGCACAGGCUAUCUUCCACGAAGUGCUAGAAGAGGAACGGCAGGCGCUGCGUGAUAGGCUCGAGGAGGAAACCGCGGAAGCAACCAAAUCUCAGAGCACGAAAUCAUGGCUCACGUCGUGGAUGUUCAGGAAGCAGCAGGACUGA